GAAGCGAUAGGCGGAGACGGGACCAGGCGAGGGCAGGGCGCUGGGGCUGGUGAAUUAGGUUGGGUGGUGUCGAAUGGGAUGAGGACGCAAGGUAAUGUAGCAGACAAGGCAGCCUAUUGUAGUGGACGAUGUGGUCACAGCAGUGCGUUUUGUUUGGAAGUCUAAGGCGAGCUCUUGUGUUAAUGUUAAACACGAGAUUCUACGUAUGCCAGAAAUCCUGACCAGUGCCUACAAAAUACUGGAAGAAGACAGCAAUUCAAGCAACAUCUACGAAGGGAAACAAACCGGUCCUCUAGAAGGGUCUCGGCCUGCAAUGCCGACUGUCUAUUCAUUUCCACAGAUACUCAGUUCCUCCAGCAUUUUGCUUUGGAUUAUUAGCAUCUGCAGACUUUCUUGUGUUUUAAGAUCAAGUUUUGGGCCGAGACCCUUCAUCAGGACUGGAAAAGAAGGGGGCAGAAGCCAGAAUAAGAAGUGGCAGUGGGCCGUCUAUAUGCAUGGCUGGCGCAGUGAAUUGUAGGCAGAGUGCAGCCAGGGGACUGGCAACGUUUGGACUCGGGCGAUGGAAACCCAGCAGUGGCGCUCGGAUCAGGAUCCGAGGGAAUGACCGCAGUGCUUAUCACAGUUUUGACUAUCCGGUCAGGAAACAGAAUUCCUCCUCUUGCUGCCAAGUGCAGAAGUUCGAGAUGUGUCGUGGCAGAUUCUUUCGGCAUAUCAGUACCACCUCAUGGACCACGCCUGUUUGCGUGUGGCACCAAAACAAAAGGCAGAUCGGCGUGGAGACUUACACGGCAGCAGACCGCAGUCCGAGCCUUGUGGCGUGCGACGUGCCUUACUCGCAGUUCUCUCCCAGUGGUUCUUUGCAGAGCGCUUGCAUUCAAGGGGCACCUGCAGGUGAUGUGCAUCUGCAGUCCCUCAUCUAUACCCCAGAUCAGAAGAUCGGCAUGCAGAUGAUCAUCCGUGGCCAGGGCAGGGAGCAGGCAGCCCUUGUGGAGAGGCUGUGUGUACGUAUGGAGCAAUUGGCAGUCUCCAGAGUAGAGCGUGAGCCCUGUGAGCUGGUGGAAGGGCUUGGUGCCAAGCAAGAAAGAGCUCUUCUGCUGUCUCAGCUUCUGAAUUCAAUCACCACAGUUGAUGGGCGCAGCUCAGACGACAUUGUGGUAGAACAUGACUCCAAGUCCCACUUCCCUGUGAGAGAGCUGGCGGCUGAGGCCAUCCCUGAGACACUGGCGGGGCGAUUUGCAGGGGCAGAGGUGCCCUCUGUAGGCAGGCCAGAUUCCAAGAAACAGCAGCCCCAGGACACAGUGCUGAGCCUCUGGGACAUGAAUGAGGGGCACCUGGACUCUUUCCGGACUCUGUUUGACAGUGAGUGCCUUGCAGGCCUCCAACGUCUAACUGCGACCGCGUCUCAGCUGCAGGAGCUUGCUUUUCGCAGAGCAGGAGAGCUGAAGAAGACAAACCCGCAGAAGGGAGAGCCCAGUAUGGAGGAGCAUCUUGCUGUGCUUUACGAAAAGCUGAGGUUGGAGUUGCCGAACUUCUUCCUGAAGCCACAUGAUUAUGAGAUGUACUCCGAGAAUGUGGAAUUCAUCAGCGCAUUUCCACGGAUGAAGAUACGGGGCCGAAGCAUCUAUCGGGUCCUGGUGACGUUGUCUCGAUUCAUCGCCUGGAACUACUAUGCCGACCUUCAGAUGGAGGUGAUGAAGAUGACGCAGCACCCCGAGGACUGGACAGUCCAGGUGCGCUGGCGGGUGACUGGCAUCCCGCUCCAUGUACUCAUACUGAAGUUUUACAAGAAAGACAAGACUGAACUAUACAGAACCUACGAUGCAUAUUCAAUCUUUUACUUGGGCCCUGAUGGACUUAUUCACCGACACAAAGUCAGCAAGAUGAUUCCGACCCAGCCCCCCGUUGUCAAGGUGAAGAGGCUGCUGCUGGGAGCCCUGGUUGCCCUGGGGCUGGAGGAGCACCGCCCGGCAUUGAACUUCCUCUUUGCUCAGCUCACUGACAAAGUGGGGCAGAAACACUGCUGAGAGAGCUGGGGAAGCACGUCCACACAGAGCUCACCGUGCCUGGGUGAAGGCAACGCCGACACCUCGCAUCUCUGGGCUGCUUCAGCUACUCCCGCGAUUUGAGGCAUCUUUGGAAAUCCCUUCCGUCCGUAUCAUGUUCUGUACCACCCUUGCUCUGAAUCUAGCACAUCGUUUGGCUGAAGAGACUAAUCUGAUGGGUGAGGGAUAUGUCAGACUACAUGUGGAUUGAAUAGAGCUUUAUAUGACCAAGUUAUUUUGUGUCAUUGUAUCAACAUUUUGUCCCACCAUUGCAAACAACUGUUGGGCAAAGGUCCAAUGUUGGUGUUUGUUUCCCACUUGCACAAUGGGUGACCAAAUUAACGGAUGGGGUUUAGUUGUUAGAGCUGUUGGAUUGCCUGGGGAGAUGCGUCCCGUGUUUUCACCAUUCAUUGCUUCAGGUGGAGGACCUCCUGCUUAUAGUUCUGGAAACCUGGAUUCGAUCCUGAUCUUGGCUGCUGCCCUUGCGUGGAGUUUGCACAUUCUCCCUGUGACCUGGGAACUUCGGUUUCCUCCCACGUCCCAAAGGCUUGGUGAUUGGAAGGCAAAUUGGCUGCUAUAAGUUUUCCCUACUGUGCAGGAGAGUGGUGGAAUUGGUGGUAGUGUGGGAGAAUGAAAUGGAAUGAUUUGUAGUGGUCCAAGUGACUUGUUUCUUGGCUGUAGGACUCUAUAUCAUCACGGGUGUAAAGGUUAGAAAAGUGCAGAGGAAUGUAUACAUUACCCAAAGAUUGAUGGCUAUCUGGACGUUGCUACUUGAUAGUACUAAUGAGAAACUCGGACAAAUACUCUUAACAACAUGGAUUUCACAAAAUGUAGUGACUGGGUUUUUAGUGCAGUGUCAGUUGGUUGCAGGAUAAACAGUGGUCAGGGCACCAGGGGAAAUUGGCCCUGCUUUUCAUCGAAUAAUUUCGUGCGAUCUGUUUGUAUCCUUCUGUUAUCAUUGAUCCAAGGUACAGAUCCUGAGCCAGAGCAACACUUGGUACUGUCCUGUGGUGUCAGCUCAUUUGCCUCGCCUGGUUUUAUAUGCUUCCCCACUUGGCAGCGUUCUCUCUUCAUUGGCCCUUUGAAUCGGUCGGCUCAAGUAGUGAGAAGUCUCCCAGAUGAGAAGUACGUGAGAGAAAGGGGAACGGGAAGAUACAGUAAUGGCUGUGAUUAUAAACCAGCGGAUGUCAGGGUGUCACAGAGACUAGAGACAUUGCUUCACAGCUCUGGAGAGUCGGGUCCAAUCCUGACCUCCUCUGUGUUGACUGUGUGGAGUUUACACAUUCCCCUUGUGGCUGUGUGGGUUUCCAUCCACAUCCCGAAGGCAUGUUUGUGGGUUGAUUGGCUGCAAAUAGUCCCCAGCGUGUGACUGGGGGUGCGAAUUGUUGGAAACACCAGAAGAAGUGGGAUUAUUGUCAACGGGCGCUUGAUGUCUGGUGAAGACUCACUGAGCUGACACUGACUCGCCCUGAUGCAAGUUCAUAACAAAAGGAUUGUGCUAUGUGUACUGCGGUUCCCUGUGUUUGCUGGAUGCAAGAAGAGGAAAUUUCGGCCCGGUCUGUGCAGGGUUUGCUUCGUGUCCACAUCCCCUUUAGGAUGGAUAAAGUUAUUGACCCUCAGACCAACAGCAGAGGCAGAACACUGGAAAUUGGAAAUGUAAGUGGAGUUCCUGGAGCAGCAUCAGUAACUGGAGAAAGGAGCUGGUCUUUCAGGCUGGUGGCUUCGAUUGCUUUUCCGGUUCCUGGGAUCAUUGGAUUCUGAAUAGAUCUGAGAGAAGUGAAAUGGCUUUAAGGAAAUGGCAUGUGAUUGUAUUUUUCUGCCUGUUUUUCUCCACCCUCCCCAUCCCCAUACAGCUGAAACACCCACCUCUGUCUGAGAUGCUUCCUGAUGUGCUGAAUAUGGUCAGGUUCCAUUCUACGAGAAACGUCCCACUCUCCAAAUAACGCUUUGUGACGUUAAGCACUUGAGGAUAAGAAAAUAUAUCAAAACUUGAUCGGUGAGGGUUUGGCUGGCAAAGAUUUGAUUUUUGCUUUAUGGGUUUCACUGGUCACCUUGUUUAGUUGUUCCGCUGCUCAAGUGCAGUCUGCCUUUAAUCCUGUGGAGUAGAGCUGUAGCAUUGCUAUGCUGAGAGAUGGCCUCCUUUGGAUGAAAUGUUGAUCUAUUGAAUGAUGAAUUAUGUUGAACUGUUGGAGGGAGAUUCUGUGGUACUUCUGAGCUGGUGUAUCUUGCUGCCGUGUCUUGCUUCAUUAAAGAGGGUACACUGCAGAAGUAACUAAUUGCUUUGGCAUACUCUGGAGAGAAAUAGAAUCAGUUCCCUACCACUUCAUUGUAUUUUAUCUCUUGCAGUUGUUGUUUAGAUGGGCAAACUUGUGACCCUUAUCAAUGGCGAAGGAUCUGAGGGAACGAUGUGAUUUAAAGUGAGCUGUCUCCAAUGGCCCAUAGGAGUAAGAGUGAAUGAGGUUUCUUCAUUGUGCUUCAGUUGCUCUGUGUAGUGCAAGUUGUUCCACAGUGCAGACAGCCUUUGCACCAGCAGCAUUAGUGCAGUUUCUCUGACCUUUUUGACCUUUAUGUCCUCUACCUUCUAGAUCUGUAAGACUUUGAAGGCCCACCAAGUGUCCAAAGUUCAUAAGACAAAAUGAUGGAAAUAAGCAGCCUGGUCAGGUAUUCAUCAGUUACUCCAAGUACUUUGGGCUGUGUGACUCGAUAGCAUGCAAUAAGUUCUGAUGAGGGAGUUUGUUUGCAAUUUUGAACUGAGUUUCGUCAGUCAGUGGACUGUGCUCCUUGUAUGAGGGAAGGAUGUGCUGUGUCCUAAAACACACCACAGAGGGUUAAGAACGUAACUGGAGAAAGGCUGUAGAAGAAGCAAUGCAUUCCAGAUAAUGGUAGCCACAAAAAACAAGGCAAAGGGUAAAGUGAAACCAGAGAGGGGAAUCCCUUUACCAUCUGACACUCAGUUUCACCCAAAGUUGUCACCACCAAGUAGAGAUUCAAAUACAGGACUGUGGAUUCCAGCUAAGAAGUUCUCUUCUAGUCAUUCAAUGGAGGUAGGUUCUUCCAGUGGUUUGACAUUCAUCAGCAUGAAGAAACUAAAUUAACAUUUCAAACUUGGCUUAUUUGUGACCCAAGAAGGGGAAUUUGGUGACAGGAACAUAAUAAAGAGUAGGAGUAAACCAUUGGCCCCUCUGAGCAAUAGUCCAUCUGAACCUCAAUGAGUUGGCACCAUAAGCGCUCUGGGGGAGAUGCUUUCAAAUUUAGUAACCUCCUGAGAGGAACCAGUGAGAAUUGGUUCCAGAUUUGCUCACCAAUGAAAAUAAGAAACGGAGACAGGAGUUUUUUCCCUCCUGCUUGGAGCCUGUUCAGUUAGAUCCUGGCUGAUCUUCAUGGCUUUUCCCAAUAGUAAUCACUUUCCUUUGAUUCCCUCAAUAUCCAAAAAUGAGGCGUGCAGUUGUUGGAACACCCAUGAUCUUGUAGGGUUUUCCUUCACUGUUUUCACUUUUCCUUGUACCUUGUUAUUUCUUUGUGACGACCAUUAUCUGGAAUACAUUGUUUCUUCAAUGGUCUUUCUCCAGAAAGCUGUGAUGGGUUACUUGAUUAUCAUUCUGCUGUGAGUAUCAAACUGGGAAAAUGUUGGGGUGAAUAACUUCUAGAGCAGUUGAUUUUUCAUUAGUCCAUGGGGUGGGGGAAUCAUGUAGUCAAACUGAAUGCAGGUCAUAUGUCGACAGUUGUCCUGGAGCAGGUAUGGUGGUUAACCGUGGUUAAUGGCUUUCUUGAGCUGUUGCUAUCCAUCUGAAGUUGCUUCCAUUUUAACUUGCAAUACGACAGCACUUUUAGUGGAAGAAAUAGAAUUAUCUCUCUUUGUUUUAUAUAAAUGAUUGGAGGAGACACAUGUAGAAAAACAAUUGACAUAAUCAAAGCAAGAUGUUUGGAUGUCAUAGAAAAUUGUACCUGGAUCUUAAGUGACCAGAUGUAAAUGUUAUCUCCUGUUUUCAUGCAAAUAAUGGUGUCAAAUCAAAGUGCAUUAUGAUUAGUUUUCCCCUGGCUGAUUGCAAUAACAAGUAUAUUUAAUCUCAGUGAUUUUUUAUAUACAUUCUGUAAAAAAUGUUUCAAAUUCCUAAAAGCAUAAAACCUGCAGUUGCUGGAAAUCUGAGAUAAAAACCUGUCAAGCAGCAACAGUGGAGAGCAAAUCACGUCAGCAUUUCUGGUCUAUGUGAACUUUUGACCCUGUUGCUCAAAACAAACAAGGCUGGUUUCUAAUGUGCGACAUGCUAGUUUGUAAUGUCACCAUUUUAAUGAACUCAUGACCCAAAAUUAUUUGAAGUGAUAAUGCAAAGGAAAACAUGAAUGCUGGAGAAAGAAAAGCAAAUUAGAAAAUGCUGACGGUACGCUUCAAAGAUCUGUUGUUUUCAGGAAUUCAUGGGUGUGCUCUGUACUUUAGUGACAGAUAUUGAGGUAGAACCAUUCUUUCUAUGCCAUGACCAACAAUGUCAGUCUUACUGACAUUGCCUUGAUUAUCAUGCCUCACAGGCUGGCUUUCUACCCACUGCUAUGCUUUGGUCCUCUGAGAAAACAUCUUGCAUUCUGACAUACCUCUCCUGCAUUUUAACAAACAUUCAAGUGAGCAGUCACCUGGUGGAGUACUUGUGAGUACAUUAGCCAUUGGCGUUAGCAGCCAUCUCAAUUCUGUGUAGGCAAGCUGCCAGUGGUAGUGCCAAGCUCCAAGAGCGGUCGUUGUUGGUGAUAUUUAUAAGGGAUUGAAGUGGCUUAGAUCGCAAACCAACUCUGAAGAUGCCCUGUUCCCAGUCCUGAAGCCCAUUGUGGCCCCUCCACUGAAUAAUUCCACAUGGGCUUCAUGAGAGAGGCAGGUGGGCAGUUGAAAUUCUUGCAAGCGGGGUGCUUGUUUGCAUCUUUGAAAACUGCUUUGUGUUCUGCAUGAAUGCAUGUUUCAUUGUGAACUGAUUGUAUAAACAGCUGCAUAAUUUGACGGUGUAUAUAGUUCUAAUAUAUAUGAGAAAAUAUAUAAAUAAAAUUAGUACCAAAUCUCAGACUUUGAACAGUCU